GAGUAACGAACUGGAGAGCCUUCCCCUUUCCCACGACGUAUAUGCUGGACCCGUCUCCGUCAAUGCUGAUUCCGCGACAAGACCGUUGGGAAACCGAGACGGAGAACGAUUCCUUGCUUCGCCCUUGAUGAUCAUAUGAGAUAGCCUUGACAUGUCCAGAUAGAAGUGCAGUAUAGGCGGUGCAAUGCGUAGGGUGGAACACAAUGUCGAAUACUUGUGAACCAACAGAGACGUCAGGCAUGAUAAAGAGCGAAAGCAUACCUAUUUGAGGGGCUUCUAAUGUUGCAUAACGCGCCCUCUGGAGACGACUACGAAGAACCAAGGUGUACGGCGUGUGUAGACUUGUGGGUGCUUGUCACUGCGACAUGUAGGCUCCUCCUCAUGCUCACAUCCCGAAGUCGCAAGGAUUUGCGACAGAUUCGUAAUUUCGCAACCACCAAGUUGACUCAUAAAAACCCUGUGCCGGAGGAGAAUAUAGAUAUAGCGGUUAGAGGAAGGGUCACUAUCUCUAUCCACAACAUAUAUAUCCCGGUCAAGAUGUUUUUUGAAACUCUUGCUAGAAAACAAUCAAGAAGGAUAUUCUCAAUCUUUCAAGCAUCUUCAGGCUCCCCAGCCAAGUUGAACUGGCGCAGGAUCUGCGGCGUUGCUUGCACUAGAAACGCUAGAUACGAAACACGCGGAGUUGAAACAAUGACAUGCAUCAUUUGGGUGGUCGCCAAAGAUACGCUAAACGUCCACGGCAUGCUUCCCAGUAGUCCAUGUGGUAAGAUCAUCCGUCGGUAUCCUUUUCACAGCAUCCGAAUUGAGACCAGGAGUGGGUUUCUGUUUGGCGCCAAUUCUAAAGAAGAGAGCCUUUGCAUGCGGACGACUCUAUAUAUCCGAGCUUCUCGGGAAGCCUUUUCUUACUAGCACUGGACUGUGUAUACACGCCAGAUGCAUUCGUCUUUCGAAGGCAAGAUGACGAAUCGAACACUACCGGGUCCGGGGAAUGGUGGUUUAUUGAUCUGAAUUUAUCCGCGGCCGUCCGUGACCCUGACAUCGAUGAGAAGACUGGGGGUUAUGCGUAUGACGCGGAUAGAGACCUUAUGAACGAAAAGAUCAAGAUUGUG